GGUGAUAGAAGGCAACAGAUACACAAGAAGAGGCGUGUUUUCUUUUCCGCCUGUUUUUCUUCAUUUUUUCUUUAUUAUUUUUUUUUCUUCUUUUCUCGUGUUGUCAGAUCUUCCACACAGGCUCCCGCGCGGCCCGAAAUUUAACUGAGAGAACGGAAAAUGAGCGGAUGCUGUAUAGUUAUAUGGCGCUACACUGUACAAGUCACUACCACACUGCCUUGCGCUGCGGCUUCAAGCGGGCCUCUACUUGUUCCCUUCUGAUCAGUUCCUUGUUUGUUGGCGGCCAGAAUGGCCGCUCGUUAUUUUGACUCUACCUCUUUGUCUUCAUCAUCAAACACUCAAUUCGUCUGCUUCGGGUGAAGUGAUUUUAUCAGAAAGUGGCCGUUCAUCAAGUGCUCUCUAUCGUGACCAGCAGACAAUUUAAAAGAAAACAAGUCGAACAGACGUAAAGAAGCUCAUUGAAAGAAACAAUUGAAUUAAACGUAGGAAAAUGCGUUGUACAGUUCCCUGUUCUGUUGUUGUCAUCCUGUCUUUCCUGUUGAUUAUCGUCGCAUGUUGUAAAGCAGAUUCCAGCAGUUGUCCAGAAGGCUGCAUCUGCACUGCUGUCUGGCCCAGCAAUGGAAAGCUGGAAUGCCGACGCUGUCGUCCUGGAUAUCAACAGUCAAAAUCAGAUUUUGUAGAUAAAGGCCGGCCAAAAUGCAGUCAGCAGGAGGUCCAAUUCCAGCAAGAUGGGCCACUCAUGUCGAUACCGUCUGUCCGAGAAGGUGAUGCGGUAACAAUAUCUGAACGUUAUUUUGUCGUCCUCGAUUCGGCUGUCGAAAAGGAGACGGUCGAGUACAUUCUGGCCCGCCCAACUCAAAUGGGUUCCAUUCUGCUGUCCGGCAAAGUCCUCCAAAUUGGCGACACCAUCACCCGAGAUGACGUGAUCCAAGGUAGAUUGAGCUUCAGGGCAGACAAGGAAGUGGGCUGGUUACCUGCUCAGGAUCGCCUCUCCUGGAACGUUUCGGCUGUCAAACGGGACGACAUUGACGAGAAAAACGGCAGAGGUCGCAAUGUUCUAGUGAACGGUAGAGUGUUGGAUUCGAGUGGAAAAGUUCUCCGGCGGACGGAAGACACUAUCAAACGGGCCAGAGAUGAAAAUGGAGCCGGUAGAUUAGCUCCGCUUCCCAGGGUUCCUCUUCGACCCGAAUCACUUAUGAUCGCUAUUGAACCGAGAGACAAUCAAUCGCCGGAAGUCGUGGUUCACAGUGAAGUGACUGUCGAUGAAGGAGCCACCGAAAUUCUUUCGCCCGACAUCAUUUCCGUCAACGACAGUGACACGCGUCCGGGUGACCUGGUCGUGGUAAUCAACGAUGGACCGAAACACGGUUAUCUGGAGGUCAGGGAUAGAUCAGGACAAAGGAAAGUAGUGACUGAAUUUCCUCUGUCAGCUCUGCUGGAGGAACAACUGAGCUACAUCCAAAAUGACCACAAAGGUAGUGAACCUCGCCAAGACUCGUUUCGAUUUCACGUUCGAGACACGUCAGGCAACCGGUCGCCCACCACCCAACUAGAUAUUAUCAUUGAGAAUGUGAACGACGAACCUCCACAAAUCACGACGCGUCCAUUGUUGCUGUCGAUGGGCCAAGAUCGUGUUGUCCUCACUGGAGAUCAUUUCGACAUUCAAGAUCAAGAUAGUGACCCAUCUGAUUUACAGGUCACAUUAGUUGCACAACCGACAAACGGUCGAUUGCAACGAUUCGAUCCGCUGACCAACAGUGACCGAACGUUGCAAGAUGGCGAAACGUUUGACUAUCAAGAAUUGUUGGAUGGAAACAUUGCCUUUAUCUCAUCCGCCAAAGAGUCACAGAUCGUCUUUCAGGUGAGUGAUGGUGAUUCACCCAGCCAAGAAGUAACUCUGCGUUACAUCAACAAACAGCAAGACGAAGAACUGUUCGGUCGGAGUGGAACAGCCACUCCUUGCAUGAUGGAAUUCAACACCACCGAGUGGAAAGCCUUUGAAAAUUCUGGUAUCACCGCUAUAUCUGUGGUGCGCACCGGAGACUUGUCCAUCACGUGCUCCGUCGUCUGUUCAACUGAAGCUCAGUCGGCUGAUGACUCAAAGGAUUUUGAUUCUCGACCUGUGGCUGAAUCUUCUCGAGUUUUCUUCCUCCGUGGAGUCACCAUCAUUUACUGUCCAGUUCAACUGAAAGAUGACAGUUUCUACGAAGGAGAUGAAACGUUCUUAGCUCGAUUGAGUCACCCUCAGGUGGAACAACUGGACACUAACGGCCAGCAAUCGAUUGCUGAUCAGCCCAACAAAAUUGCUGCCUCAUCCGCCGUGAUUGGCUCACGCAGUCAAUUGGCCGUUCGCAUCCAUGAUGAUGAAGAUGUGACACGAGUUCAAUUCAAUCAAUCCGUCUAUCGUCCCAGCACGUCGCCAGACGCUGAUUCAGUCACGUUACACGUUGAAAGGACAGGCGAUUUGCGAUUUGCAUCCAAAGUCUUCAUCAGCAACGUGGACGGUAGCGCCAAGGAAGGCCGUGAUUACGUCCUGAAAAGCCGUCAGAGCCUGGAAUUCGCUUCCGGCGAGAAAUGGAGUUCUUUAACUAUCGCUCUUUCGCACACAAACAAUAAAAAUACAUGGCCAAAAAGUUUUCAGAUCGUUCUCAAUUCUGAGGAUACCAUCAAUGCUCAAUUGGGCGCCACCCAAACUUCAGCUACCAUCUUAAUACCGCCGGCAGUCACUUCCGGUCCGGCUCUUUUACCAGCCGAGCCCAUCGUUGUUUCCCUUAUGGAUUACGAUCGUCUCGGUGCGGAUCUUGACAAAAGGCCAACAACAGUUCCGGCUGGCUAUCCAGUUGUUUGCGUCACACCUUGCGACCCGAAAUAUCCUCUCUACAACACCAGCACGCAGCGGCUGUGCCGUAACAUGGCCAUUGAUGUCUCCAAAAUUCGCUUUUCCUGGGACAUAGCGCCACCUCUGGGUAGCAGCAACAGCAAAGAGCCAUUAGGUGAAACGACAACAGGUCCGUUUUACCGAUUGAGUGAGCCGACGGCCUUCAGUGGCGUAGAAGAUCGGGUGCUGGACGCCGUAUUCUUUCGUCACGACUUCAGGGUUCGUUGCGUAGCGCAACCUGUCCGGUUGGAUCCGGGGUUGAUGGUCGGACCAGCAUCUAAAAGUCGCCCGGUGACGAUUUCAGGCCGGUCCGGUCUUUGCCCACCUUUCUCGCCCAGCAAUAUCCCGUUUGACGAUGCUGCAACUGACGUGAUGGUAGCCGGGCAACAACCCUUUGCUGCUUCGCUGUCUUACGUCAACGCUAGCGACGCCCAGCAUCCGGACACGAUGCGGAUCCAAGUCGUUGUGCCUCAUUCCGACGGAUUGAUCCCCAUUCUUUCCACUCAGCCCCUUCAUGGCAUCCGGCACAUCAUGAACGAGCCUGCUUACCGUUCGCAUCACCGAUGUUCCAAUCUCCAUCCGUCGAUGGGAUUCCUGGACGGAAGUGAAGACGACAACUCAACGGCAACGAAAUUGCCUUUUGAAUUCUCGAAAAACAUCCGUCAAGAAUCGGCUGUCCGCCUCUAUCGCCAUUUGGAUUCUACCGGAUGUCUGUGGCAUUUCGAAGCUUGGUACACCAUGACUGAACUGAUCCAACUCUGCGGCGGUCAAGUCACAUCAAAUUUUCAGACGAUGAAUCGAGGACAGGUGCAGGUAACUGUCAGAGUGCCUUUGUACGUGACGCUAAUCGGCGCUUCAACUGGCAGCCACCAGAGCUGGACUAGCGUGGAACACCAAACGGAAAUGGAAUUUUCUUUCUCCUACGCAUCCGUUCUGCUAGGUCAGCGUGGAGUGGCUGAAACCAAGCUGGCCUUGGCUGUCCAGCCUCACGUGACUCGAAUCCGGACUGAUCCCAAUAACGGCCGUCUAGUGAUUGAAUUCCAAACAGAGACGCGAUUUGCCGGCCGCUACCUGGAGGCUGGAAGUCGACUAUUAAGCCCGACACAUCACCAUUUCGUAGCUGGACAAUUGCUGGGUUUCGACCUGGAAUUGAUGUGGAGUCAAAUCUAUCCAACCGGAGCAACGUUCCAGAAGUGGAGGGCUGUGUCUAAUUACACGCUGCAGGACUACACGGGCAACUACACUCUGGUUCUGGCUCCUUGCCCAGUGCCCCCCGAUCAACCGCAACAGACUCAGCCAAAUAAAUUCGGUCGCCUGGUCAACAAGAAAGAAGAUUGUCAAACAGCUGAUCCCUUUAACGUCACUCUACCCAUUCAUUACCAACAGCCAUUCCGACCGGAACCUGUUCACUAUUCUCUAGAGACCACGUUCCAGUUGACGAACGACGUACGAGCCUUUCUGAGGAAACCUCGUAGCAUCAACGAUAUUAAAGAUGCUGAAUUUGAAGGUUCAUUCCACAAUGGAGAACGAGUUUAUGGUCGUGUCCUUUGGCAUCCGAGCAACGAGCUUUCACCUGGUUAUCGGCUCUCCAUCGAGAAAUUGUACCUGUGCGCCGGCCGUGACGGUUACGUCCCGCUGUUCGAACCCAAUGCCGAACGCCCUCAGUUUGGAUGUCUGGAGAAUUCGCAACGAUUGAAAUAUCGUCUACUUUUGCUGGAUCGAGAGGACCCCUACGGAAGUGACAAGGACGUUCAGGGUCUGUCAUUGGAUGCGAAAUUUGCCAGUCAAGUGGAUCAACUCCGCACGGGAAUGGCCCAUUUGCCUAAUAUGGACGGCUUCGUUUUCAGCGUUGAUCCGCUGUUCCAGUUGGAGCCUGGAAUUCGUUGGUUCCUCCAGGUAUCGUAUUCGGUGCAACCGGUGACUGCAAGUGGCUCCAUGUUUCGUUGGAAGCGACAGGAAGCCGGAAGCCAACAAAAAGCUCGCCGAGGCACCAACAUGCGUUUCCUGCCGCUGGAUUGGCCUUCAGGCGAUUCGCGCAACACCAGCGGAAAGAGCAGCCACGACGGCGACCAACCGCCGGCCGUUUUGGCUUCGACGCUCCUGUUGGCUGCCGGCCUUUUGGUCAUUCUAGUCAUGGCCGUUUUGAUUGUAUUCUCCGUGUAUUACCGACCGACGCAAAAUAAAAACAUCGCCAGCAGCAACGACAGUAGCGAUCAAAAGAGCUCCGCGUCCGCUGUAGGAGGUGUAGGGAGCUCGGCGCAAGAGGAUCACGAUGAGGAAGACAAUGAAGACGAAGCGACUCCGAUGAAAGCUCUCAAUAACAACGGACGGAUGGCCAGCACUUCUGGAUCCGUCAAAAUAACCCUGGUUUAGGAAAGGAGAAGCCACAACACACACACGCAACAAUACACGACGUACACACAAACAAUGAGCGAACAAAAAGAAAACAGACGUACGUACAUUUAUAUAUAUAUAUAUACUGUAUACUACCAUGAGAAAAUAUAAUCCCCUCCCCCCUCUCCCCGCCUUAAAACAAAAAAAAAUAAAAAAAAAAAAAAAUUUCAAAAGAUUCGUGAAGGAAAAGAAAAUCACAGCAGGCACAACAUUGACAUUUGUUUAUCAGGCCUAUUCUAAUGCCUAUAUGAGCGCGCCUCCCUUUUUUUUUUUUUUCUUCUUUUUGCCCUUGGUGUGUAAGAAUGUUUUUCUUUUGUUUUUCAACCGACAUAAUAUCCAUCCUCCCACCUGAUGACCACACCCUUUUGCACGAUAACGAUUUAUUACGAUUGUAAAAAUCUUCCAAAAAAGAAAUGAUAAAAAAAAAAUAAAAAUAAAAUCGAUCUGCUGUCGAAUGACGAAAUACAAAAGAAUGAAAAUCA